UUAUUGACUAUGUGUGUGUACGUGUGUUUUCUGACAGACUGCCAUAAUUCAAAAGUCAACAAUAUGUGGCGUCGUAUCCCUUGUCAGUAAGAGUAAAGAAGCGUUGUUAUGUCACAGACAUUACGAUGUCUGGCACGACGUGGCAAAUCGAUAAUUAGCCGUUUCAAUUUAUCAUGUACCCUUAUCGCGUGCAAAGACGUUAUUCAGCCGAGUUGGCGCAGGUGUUCAAUUUCAAAUAAUACGUCGGCAAGUGAGAACUGUGUUACCCCCGUGGGAGACUUGGUAAACAAAUUGCGAACAAUAUAUAAGGGUACCAGUUCGAAGUAACUUUACUCCAUCACGGUUUCUCAACCUCCUAUCUUAACCAAGCCGCACUCACAAUGGCACGCGCUAUUUUCGUAGUAACUGUACUGGUGGCCCUGUGCUGUACCAGCCAGGCUUCCUCGCCAGAAAAAUCAGAAAAAUAGGACAACGUAAUAAAGGAGCUUGAAGAGAGGAUAAAAGAUAUGCCGUCCAAGUCCACAACAUUUGCUAAACAACCUUACUUCCUAAGAAACCUAAUAGAAGGCGUUUUGCACGAGGCUUGGGUUAUAAUGGAUCUAGCCUUAGACAGUGCACAAAAUAUAAUAGGUCAUGCAAAUGACACCGCGCAAGAUGUUCUGGGAAUUAUUAGAAAAGGCGGUAAAAGGAUAAUCACAAAUAACGAUACCAAGGAAAAGAAAACGAAUCCCACGGAGGAAGCCCAAGUUGCUGGUAUAAUAAAUAAUAUCCAAGACGAAAUAAAUAAUGUGCUGAAAGAUCUUAAAGAUUCUCUUCAAAAUAUUAAAAAUAACGGUGAAGAAAAAAUGAAAAAAAUUAAAGAACAUAUUAAAGAUGAUAUUGAAAAACUAAUAAACUAGGUUUAGAAGACAUGAAGGAAUUGACAAACAAGAUAUUUGACGUCUAUGUUAAAGGAUACUACAAAAAAAUCAGACAUUUAUUUGGAUGAUUAAUUUUAACUUUGAGAUAUAACUUAGGUUCAUUUAAAGUUGAUGUGUUCAGAGACGCCACACGCUUUUAAGCAUUGUCAAACAUUUCUCAGCGAAUUUUAAAGUUCCUUUUAAACAAUUCACACAAUCUCUAAAAGAGUUUAGUGAUGUCAAACCCAGUGAAUAAAUUUUGUAACGCAUCUGUCCUUUAAUUCGCGAGUCUAUUGAUUAAAUAUCGCAUGUGGUGUCUUUAUUUCAAUUAGCGACAUCUUAUUUCAUCAAAUUACGAUCACUAUUAACGUGAUAAUGUGAUGUAACAGUUAUCAAAAUUACUGUUUGCU